AUGUUACUACAACACCUUAUAUUUUGGACAAUACUUCUUACUUUAAACCUCGUAAUAAACUGCAAAAAGGCACGACAAUCCGCAGGUAAAGGAGCAGCACCACCCUCUAAAGAGAAAAAAACGGAUAAGACGGAUAAGAAUAAGGAAUCAGGAAAAGAAACUGACAAGGAUAAAGACAAAGAUAAAGAGAAGGAUAAGGAUAAAGAUAAUGAUAAAGACAAGGAAAAAGAUAAGGACAAAGGCAAAGAGAAAAAGGAAGGAUCUGAUAAAACUGAAAAAGUAGAGAAGAAAGAAGAUAAAAAAGAGGAAGAAGGAGAUGACGAAGAUAAGGAGCGAGAAGAAAGAAAGAAACGAAGGAAGGACAAAGAGGACAAGGCAAAGAAGGAAAGAGAAGUUAUGAUUAAGGAAGCACUCGACAAAGGUAAUUUGCGUCCUGCUGAUGACAACGAGACAAUCAACGAAUGUGUUAGCGACUGGAAUGGGCCGGUGGCAAAACGAAAGAUCUAA